AUGAAGAGCUUACCAAUUUGUUUGACACUUAUUGUUGACAAGAUUCAGUGGGACCCGAAAGGAAGAACAUUUUUGAUUACCUGCGGAGCUUCUGGUCUAGGAGCUGGAUAUGCUCUUGCAUUCCUCAACCAUGGAGCAAAGCGGGUAGCUAUACUAGACAUUGCGGUGGAGGUUGGGGCGACGGCUGAGCGGCUGAACAAGAGUCACCCCGACAAGGCGGUGUUCAUCAGCUGCGACGUGAGCAAGGAGGAGGACAUAGCUGCCGCCUUCGCCGCGGCGCUCGCGCAGCUCAAGCAGAUCGACAUCAUCAUCAACAACGCCGGCAUCAUGGUCGACGCGCCCAACAUGUGGAGAACCGCAUGUGAUGUUAAUUGGCAAGGAGUGGUAUCGUUCUCAUUAAAAGGAAUCAACCAUAUGAGAAAGGAUGAAGGUGGCGCUGGUGGAACUAUAGUCAACAUUGCUUCCAUAGCCGCUAUAUCUAGAGCUGGAGCCUUACCAAUUUACUACGGUUCGAAAAUAGCUGUGUUACACUUCAGCCAAUGUAUAUCGGAGAAACCUUUCUACGGAAACACAGGUGUCAGGGUUCUGACGAUGUGUCUGGGAGGCACCGACACUCCUUUGAUGCAAAAUUUAGGAGCAAGGUCAUACGAUCGUAAACUUGGAGAAUUCAUAGCUGCAAAAGUUGAAAAUGAUGGAGUGACAUUUCAGAAGGUGGAGUCAGGAGUCAAGGCAAUGGUUGACAUGUUCAACUCUGGCACGCCAGGCUCCAUUUGGCUGUCCAUAGACAACAAACCAGUGCAAGACAUAUCUCCAAAAGUUAACAGUGCUUUUGAAGGUUUCGAGAAAUUAUUGUUUGCUCCGUAAAAAAAAAAACUGUCGAAUUUUGUAAAAAACACGUUUUUACAAAACUGUUGAAUUGCUAUAA